AUGGGCGAUAGCACACAACCCGAAUCACAGCCAAACUCAGGUUCAAUAACUAUAACGUGCCGGACUGACCUCUCCUUAUUAUAUAGAGUUUUACGCAUCGUAAUCAGACCUCUACGCCCACAUCUCGUGACCCCAAAGGGAGAAUACCCAGCAGGCUCGCCACGGCUACGGAAACACCCCCAUCGCAUUGGCAAAGUGAGCAUCACAGAACGAGAAAUCCUGAUCCCUUCGAACCUGCUUCUAGAUUCCGAAGCCAGCUCCGGAUUCAAGGCCGAGAGCCUGUGGGUCUACGACUUCCACCUCCCUGUAUCCGGAAAUAAUAAUAAUCGGGCUACGGCUACGCACACGGUGUACUACUUCGCCGGCGGCGGAUUCCAGGCCCCGGCGUCUUCCGAACACUGGAAAUUCUGCGCUUACUUGGCCUCGUCUCUUCCUCGGAGUCGCGUGGUCUUGGUUUCGUACCCCCUAGCUCCGCACUCACCUGCCAAGACCACUCUACCGUUUCUUAGGAGAUGGCUAAUACAAGAACUCCGCGACGCGGCGGCCGGCGAUAGAGUUGUCUCCCUCGUAGGCGAUAGUUCGGGCGCUAAUAUCGCGCUGAGUCUGGGACUUUGGUGCGCGGACCAGCUUGCACUGGCUAAGUCGGGUACUGGUCUCGAACUGGAUUAUCAUCGACUCAAAUCCGUCCUAGCCAUCUCGCCCCCAACCGAUCUGCGGUCCCCACUCAAAGGCCGAGCACCCUCCAAAGCCGAAGCGGACGCCCAGGACCCGGUUCUCGGACCACGGAUCGCGGACGCUGCGGCAACAGCCUGGAGUGCGGAUUCGGAAAUAGAAAGGAGGAAUCCUUACCUGAGCCUGAUACUCGCGGACCUGGCUAAUUUGAAGGCGAGUGGGAUCAGGGUGAACGGCGUGGUUGGGACGGCGGAUGUGCUGGCCCCUGACGCGUUGGAGUUUGUGGACAGGUGUGGGGGAGAGGGGGUUAAGGGGCAGUGGUUGGUCUGGAAUGGGCUGAUGCAUUGUUUUCCGCUAGCUGCUUGUUACGGGCUGCGUGAAGGAGUUGAGGGUAGAGACUGGAUCGUGAGGGUACUAGGGGGGGUGGCUUAG